AUGAGCGCCCCAAACCCGCCCAUCACCAGUAACAAUAAUCAUGGCGGGUCCCCUCCCUCAGCCUUCCGCCGCUUUUCCACCCUCAGCACCCGCUUCCCAGGUGGCAAUCUCCCAGACACAUUCCGCAACAAUUUCAUCGCUACCCUAGGGGAAUUCGUCGGCACUUUCCUCUUCCUCUUCUUCUCAUACGCUGGCACGCAGGUCUCCAAUGACCCCCCUCCAAACUCCGGCGCGAAACCAAAUCAUAUCGUCUUGCUCUAUUCCUCCUUGGCAUUUGGCACCUCUCUCGCCGUGAACGUAUGGGUAUUCUACCGUGUGACGGGCGGGUUGUUUAAUCCCUCGGUAACCCUUGCGCUCUUCCUCAUCGGCUCCCUCUCGCCCAUUCGUGCCGUGCUCGUCUUUGCCGCGCAAAUUGUCGCUGGCAUCGCAGCAGCCGGUGUGGUCUCUUGCCUCUUCCCGGGCCCACUAGUCGUAUUCACGCGCCUGGGUUCUGGUACCUCAAUACCGCAAGGUCUAUUCAUAGAGAUGUUCCUAACUGCGCAACUGGUGAUUACCAUCAUAAUGCUAGCAGCCGUGAAGCACAAGGCGACAUACUUGGCGCCAUUGGGAAUUGGACUGGCGUUCUUCUUAACGGAACUCUGUGGCGACCCCUUCACCGGUGGCUCCCUAAACCCUGCCCGCUCCCUAGGCCCUGACGUCAUCAACCGCCAGUUCCCGGGCUACCAUUGGAUCUACUGGGUGGGGCCAGGGCUGGGCUCGUUGCUGGCGGUAGGAAUGUUCUAUAUCCUAAAGGCGCUGCAUUAUCAGACAUGCAAUCCCCAUCAGGAUGAUGACCAUGAGAAGUUGGUGGAAACGGCGACACCACCGGGUGGGCAUGCAUGA